AUGUCGAUUGCAGUGCUUGAGAAGCACCUUCAAAAUGUUAUUGAAGCACCACUGGAUCUAGCAGUUUCACCAACACAGACUGAGCUGAGAAUAAAGGCGAUCGUGGAGAAACUACACCAGCUGAUCCCACCCAGACCCUUCACCCACGUGGCCUCCACCACCAGCACCACACACAGCAGAGCCACCCUCCUCAGCCCUCAAGACACAUACUGCAUGGGGGACCAGCUACACGUCCUGCUAAAGGUGAGGGACCACUCGGGACGCAGGAAGGAAUAUGAUGGGGAUUUCCUGAGGGCCAGGAUGUCCUCCCCAGCCCUAAAGGCAGGUGCUUCGGGAAAGGUGACAGACUUCAACAAUGGCACCUACCUUGUCAGCUUCACCCUGUUUUGGGAAGGCCGGGUGUUUCUGUCUGUCCUGCUCAUCCACCCCAGUGAAGGGGUGUCAGCUCUCUGGAGGGCAAGGAACCAAGGCUAUGACAGGGUGAUCUUCACAGGCCAGUUUGCCAAUGGCACCUCCCGUGUCAAUACUGAUUGUGCCCUGGUCUUAAAUUCAAGUGCUGAACUGUGUGAGUACCUGGAUACUCGAGACCAAGAAGCCUUCUACUGCUCCACGCAUGCUCUGUGA